AUGGACAUGCUGGACCCCUUGGAGACCGGGGAUUCCGAGGAAGCCGAAAAUAAGAUUUUACUAAACGAGAUCCACAUUAAAGGACAAAUCGACAGCGAUGAGGAAGCCAACGUCGAUCACCUUUCACCGCAAACGCUUUUAGAAACACCAGAACAUGAAGUUCAAUAUUCAAUUAGAUCACCUGAAGGUAACAUGAUAACCUACAGGGUGCUUCAAGUAGACGAAUCGAACGUCGAAACCGGGCCCCAAUUGGUAACGACAGCGCCGGGCAAUUUCAAUCAAGUCUCCCAAGUGAUCGGGAGCAAUUUGAACGGGCAGUUGUACGUGAUCGGCAACGCCAAUGAAAUGUUCACCGCUCAAACGGGCGCCAGGGCGAUUGCCCCCCGGACGGCCAUAGUCGAGUCGAGCACCAACACCGUGACGACCACCAUAAAAAAAAGGGACGAGAGACGGAGGGCCACGCACAACGAAGUCGAGCGACGGCGGCGCGAUAAAAUCAACAAUUGGAUAACGAAAUUGGCCACUAUAGUACCUGAUAACGCGAACGGCGAGAUCCGAGCCAACGGCCACUACGACGGGCAGUCGAAGGGCGGGAUCCUGGCGAAAGCGUGCGAUUACAUCAUGGAUAUGAAAGAUAUCGGCGAGAAAUAUCAGGUAUUGUGUAGGGAACACGACGAGUUGCUUAGGAAUUUCGAGUCUCGAAACGCCAAAGCGGUCGCUUUGGAGAGGGAGAACAAGGAGCUAAAAGAACUCUUGAAAAAGAAUAAUAUACUUUACAUACCGAACGUUAGUCGCGAUAUGUCUUAG